UCUUCUUUUCGCUGUUUACACGGAAGUAAACAUUCCCGAAGUGAGACCAGCUGCCUGAUGCACUUCUCUCCUAGUGGAGGCUUUAGUAUAAGAAUAACACGCAAUGGUCAACCUCGGACUCCGGAAGGUGGAUGACGCGCUCGUGGACAAACACCCGGGUUUGCAACAAUACGCUGCCUGCCAGUCCCGUGCAUUUAUGAAAGGAACAGGAAGCUUCAUAAUUGGUACAAUAAGCCUGUUUUUAGCACAACAAGCAAUACCGAAAAGACUGAAGUAUCCGCUCAAGUGGAACCUUCUAGUAUCUAUUGUGGCUUCCUCAGUGUUCAGCUACACAGUGACACGUUUGGAGACGACAAAGUGCACAGAGCUGUGGGUUUUAUUGGAGAAAGGAGAAGUACCUGAUUCCAGUCCAACUGAGAAUGAGCUUCAAACACCCCCAGCUCCCAAAGUCACAAAAUACGGAGACAGAAUGGAGUAAACGUUAACGAUAGUGUGACUGCAGCAAUAUCGGCGAAGUUAGGACUUUUGAAUUGAGUUCAUGUUGGAGUGGGUUUGACCUGCCUGCUUUUCUAUUUUUAUCUGUUCUAAAAAAGUUAAUAAAUGUAUAAUCCUGGACUUGUGUCGG